AGAUCCGGAGAUCCCCGCAAUGGCGCGAUGGCGCGAUGGCCGAGGAUCAGGCGGCGACUCACAGCAGAGGAGAGGUGUUCGCCGCAGCAGCGUCAGCGUAUCUGCAGCCUCCCACAUCCUUCCCGGGACGCGUGCAGCGACGCAGCACCGGGAUGUUAUCCGUGCUCGCCCACGCUGGCCGGAGCCGGGAGGGGCUGCAAAGGUUGAACCGCUCCGGCGCCGCCGCGAUCAGAGUAGGAGCAGGGGAGAGGAAGAAGAAGAGAUGUGAGGGGUUGAGGCCACCACUGCGCGCAGGCGAGCCAACCGACAAGAUCCGUCGUUGCUGCGGCAUGCGUGGUGCCAAUCGACAAGGUCCGUCCACCGGCGGACUCCACUAUGGCGAGUUUGCCAGCGACCUGACCCUCCUCCGCCCCGUCCUCCCCACGAUAUGCCUCCGUCCCUGGUGGCUACAGCCCGACCUAGCCCUCCACCUCCUCCUUCCGGCCGCCGCCAUUAGGCAGGUGUAA